AGACAUGAGAAAUGUUGAUGAUGAUAGAUUUCCAAUGCGAAGGCCACCCGUAAAGAGGCCUGUAAAUAGAGCUGCAUCAAUGGAAUCUAGAGAUGGUGAUUUUGAUUUGGAUAUUUCUCGGGACCACAAGUCUGGUCGAUUAUCAUCAGGCCAAAAUGCUUCCAGGUCUGAAUCUUCUUCAAGGGUACAUGCUUCAAGGCCAGAUGCAACACCAUUGGAUUUUGUUGUGCGUCCCCAGUCUAAGAUUGACCCAGAUGAAAUUAGAGCUCGUGCAAAACAAGUUGUACAGCAGCGUCGUUUAAAGAUGAAUAAAAAGUUGCAGCAGUUGAAAGCCCCCCCCCCCCAAAAAAAAGCAACUGCUGGCGACGAAACUUAG